AUCUUUAAGUUAUCUAAAAAUAAAAGUUAAUUACUACUAAUAACUAGUAAACACAUAUUAUCAUCAUUCAAUAUAGUUACAUUAUUACAGACAAUGAAUGUGUAAAUGAAUUUAUAAACUAAAUUAAAUUAAACAUAAUACAAACAUUAUUUCUCUAACACCAGAAAACCAAAGACUAUUGAUGAUUUAAGAUUAAUUAGAAUUAAUAUUUAACAAUUAACAUAUAAAUUUCAUAUUUUAAAUAGUUCGGUUUGUUCGGUUCGGUUCGGUUUUGAAGGGUAAAAACCAAAACCGAACCAAACAACUUCGGUUCGAUUCGGUUUUUUACAUUCGGUUUCGGUUUCUUAGCGGUUCGGUUUUAUUUGGCUGCGGUUCGGUUUAAUUUGAUUCGGUUUUCGGUUUUCGGUUUUUCGGACCCAGCCCUAAUCUCAAGUUCAAUCAUUCAAACUCAACCAAAUCCAAUGGAAGCCGAACUCCUACCUUAAGUGUGCACACCCCCUAAAAGAGAUUCCAAGCUCUCCGGGUAGUAAAAAGUCCGAGUAGUCGGGAUUUUUCUACCGACUACUACAAUUAAGCUGGGAUGCUCCGCUUUUGGGAGAUCCCUGGUGGAAUUAGACUUAUAGUCAUUACCACUCACCAAAUCCACAUUUCUCCGGGUACUCACAAAAUCAUAAUUCAACCUCAAAGUUCAAGUAUCAUAACCUCAAUCAAAAUGGAUAUGAAAUUCGAAUUCCACAAAAUUAUUCACAAUAAAAUUAUUAACUCCAACUCAUCAUACUCAAAUAUACCAUCAAUAGUCCAAAAUAUAGGAUACUUCAUAAAUAACUCAAAUCUCAAAUCUCAAUCAAAUAACAAUUCAUAUGUAAAUUCAAAUGCUCAAAAUAUCACCCAAUAUAAAAUACUCAAAUCUCAAAUAUAUAUAAUUCACAAUCACAAUUGAUACGUAAAAUCUCAUUAACUAUCAUAUACUCAAAUGAUCUCAAAUAACUAGUCACAAAUAUAUUUAUAUGGGAAAAGCAUGAAAUUUGGUUGACAUAGUACUUACCUCGAAUUGUGAUAAUUCCUAACCGAAGCUUUAACCUCGAUCUUCACCAAAAUUCACCUU